AUGUUUGCAUCGAAUAUGAAGUUGGCAAGUUUAAUGUUGUUAUCGGUGGUGAUUUUUGAUACAGUAAGACCAGGAGUUGCAGUUUGCCAGAAUUUAAUACGUUCUGGUCUAACAAGUCAAGAGCGCGAUUCGAUUCUACAUGCUCAUAACAAACUUCGGCAGAUAGUCGCUAUGGGCCAAGUUUCGGGUCAACCGGCUGCUUCCGAUAUGCAAGAAAUGGAGUGGGAUAGUGAACUUGCAGCAAAAGCGCAAAAUUGGGCGGACAGAUGCAUAUAUGAACACGAUCAUAACGAUCAACGAGAUGUCCGUCGUUUUCCCGUCGGUCAGAACAUAGCGACCACCUGGAACUCGCACCCGACUGCUUUCGGAGCCAGCCCGGAUUUCAUGAGUCAGAUUCGCGCAUGGUUUGACGAGGUCAGCAUCUAUUACAUGGGCAACGGCUAUAGCGAGGCCACCGGACAUUACUCGCAGUUGGUUUGGGGUGAAACAAAUAAAGUUGGGUGUGGAUACUCACAUUGGUAUGAUCGCUCUCAAGGCUACACCAAAUUUUACGUUUGCAACUAUGGACCUGGUGGAAAUGUUAUUGGAUACGAUCCGUACACAAAGGGAUAUCCUGACUGUAAAAGCCAUGGCAUGUCAUCAUCAAGCAAAUAUCCAGGAUUGUGUGGCAAAGGCUCAUACCAAAACAGUUUGAAUUCAAUCUUCAGUAACAGUAAUAACGCAGUAUUUAGCAAUAGGAACACAGCCGUUUAUAGCACGAAUAAUGCACGAACAAGCUACGACUUCAGUUAUUUCAAAUUCUAGUUUUGUUAAGAAUUUUAUUUAAACUAUUGUUUAGAAUUUAGACUGUGUUAAUUUUUUAACAUAAUUUAUAC